AGCCGGGAGAGCGAGGCGGCUGCGGGCGCGGGCCUGAGUGAUGCGCGGGCUGCUACCUCUAGCCGGCAGAAUAGUUCUGGUCGCGCUGCGCGGCGGCCGCGGCUGCUGCGGGCUCGGAAUGUUCUACGCCGUGCGCAGGGGCCGCAGGACCGGCGUCUUCCUCACCUGGAAUGAAUGCAAGGCGCAGGUGGACCGGUUUCCUGCUGCCCGGUUUAAGAAGUUUGCCAGUGAAGAUGAGGCCUGGGCCUUUGUCAGAAACUCCGUGAGCCCCGAUGGUGAAGGCUCUUGUCUUCCAGAGCAAAAAAAUACUCAUGCACAGGAGUCACAGGUGAAAGUCAGCAAGCGUCUCAGAGAGCCCUUAGAUGACCAUGAAGAAGAGGUCUCAGAGCCGAGUGCGAAGUAUGUGCGAAAGAACACAGAGCCAGCCCCUGCCCUUGGCAAGGACACAUUUUCUUAUAUGGGAGACUCUGUGGUUGUCUACACCGAUGGCUGCUGCUCCAGUAACGGGCGGAGGAGAGCACGAGCAGGAAUUGGUGUCUACUGGGGGCCAGGCCACCCUUUAUGCAUGUUCCUGGUCAUUCGGGAUUUGUGGGCAAUGAAGAGGCCGAUAGGCUGGCGAGAGAAGGGGCUCGGCAGUCUCAAGACUGAGUGGAGUCACUUGGGUGCUCUGGAGAAGUUUGGCCCAAAGUGCUUGGGCGUUGAUUUUUAUAAGAAAUCAAUAAAACAUUGGUUAAAAGAUGCUGACAGGAACUCAGGAAGAAUUGUGGAAGAGUUCGCUGACCUUCUGAUUUUCAAGGUGGAGUCACCUGCCCUUGUAGCCACACUGGGCAUGUGGCUCACAGGACGCCUCUCAGGUGCCUGAUGCUGUGUACACAGGAGACCGUGGCUGUGGAAGAAUGGCCUCAGUAUUUCAAGUGUGUGUGUGUGCAGGGCUGGGAUCGAACCCAGGACCUCAACAUGCUCAGCAGUUACAAUUUUGUACGUGUGUGUGUGUGUGUGUGUGUGUGUUGGGCACUGGGGAUUGACCCCAGGGGUGCUCUACCACUGAGAUGUUCCCCCAGCCCUUUUUAUUUUUUCAUUUUGAGAGGUCUUGGUGAGCGGCUGAAGUUGACCGUAAAUUUGUGAUCCUCUUCGCUCAGCCUGCUGAGUGCUGGGAUUAUAGGUGUGUGUCACCACUCCU